CGUAACUUCCUUGUUUUUGUCGGAAACCAUUAAACUGAAACCAUUGCAGUAAUACACGGUCAAAAUAAACAGGAGACGAAAUGCACAUUACCAGAUCCGUCACUUACAGGCGGAGACGACAAGGCGGUACCGCCUAGGAGUUCUCCCUUAUUCCGGAUCCUUCCAUCUGUCACCCUCUUUAUGUGUGAAUCAUGAUGCUGUGCUGGGGAAGCAGUGCCUCGGGUCAGCUGGGCAUCGGUGCGUCUGAGGCGUCUGUCUUUGAGCCGAGGAGCUGUUGCAUGUUCGACGGGAGGGGUCUUAAAGAAGUUGCGUGCGGCAGCCAUCACUCACUCUUCCUGUUGCAUGAUGGGAGCGUUUACGCUUCUGGCUCCAACAGCUGUGGUCAGCUGGGCCAUGACAAGGGAGGCUGGAGACCAGAGCUGGUUGGAGCUCUGGAUGCUCAGAAGAUCGCCGGCGUGUCGUGUGGGCAAGCUCACUCUCUGGUGGUGAACGAGCAGGGGCAGGUGUUUGCCUGGGGGGCCGGAGAAGGAGGGCAGCUCGGUCUGGGUGCGGCUGAAGAGGCGGUCCGCGUGCCCAGGUUGAUUAAAAAAUUGUGCGAGCAUCGAAUCUCACAAGUAAUGUGUGGCAAACAACACUGCAUAGCACUUUCGAAAGAUGGUCAGUUGUUUGUAUGGGGAGAGAACUCCAGCGGUCAGCUGGGUUUAGGGAAGGGGGAGCCAAGCACUCUGUCUCCUCAACCGCUCAGAUCUCUGUGUGGGAUCCCACUGGCUCAGAUCAGCGCUGGAGGAGACCACAGCUUCGCCCUGUCGCUCUCUGGAGCCGUGUUCGGCUGGGGGAAGAACAGCGCCGGGCAACUAGGCCUCAAUGACGAGCAAGAUCGGGCUGUUCCCUGUCACAUCAAGUUCCUGCGCUCACAGAAGGUGGUGUACAUCAGCUGUGGAGAGGAGCACACCGCUGCCUUGACAAAGGAAGGGGGUCUGUUCACAUUUGGAAAUGGUUCAAGAGGACAGCUGGGCCACGAUUCCACCAGAAACGAGCCUCUUCCACGCAGAGUUAUGGAGCUCAUGGGCACUGAAGUGUCUCAGAUCGCUUGUGGGCGGCACCACACCCUGGCAUUCGUGCCCUCCACUGGUCUGGUUUACGCUUUCGGCUGCAACACUCAGGGCCAGCUGGGUACAGGCCUCAGAGGAAAUGCUAAGAGCCCACUUCCUGUCAGAAACAUCCAGCCCCUGUGCAUCGGAAAUACACACACAAAAGCCGAGUGCUACACCAUUGGUAAAAUUCACAGUGGAGGCGAUCACAAUUUCCUGUUGUUGUCGACUACUAAGGAGGGUUCAUCUUGUCCUGAGGAUUUCCGAAUUAUGAAUACCACCAAAAGCAUCGCUGUGAUUAAUUCUGAGAGUCUGGACAGCUGGAGGAUGAAGCUCCAUGACAACAGCGAUUCAAGCAUCACCAAUGACAUCAUACUCCUGUUUUCCUCAACUGCAUGUUGGAAUGCCAGCUUUUUAGACCAAAGUGAUGACGGGCAUUUCAAAACCAACCCCAAAGUCCCUGGCAUCGAUUUCAAUGCUGUUAGGCUGCUGUUUGAGACGCUGAUGAAACCAGCCUUCGCAAGACUUUUGGAGCAGAUGUACAAAAGCAUUGUUGUGUUUCUGUUGACUGGUGGGAAGGCGCUCCUGAUGCCUGUGUUUCUGGAGAGCUACACCAGUGCAGCUCUACGACUGCUGGAGAAACUACACAAGGUCAAUCUGAAAGUCCAUCGUGUGGAAUACAACCACUUCUACAUCCCUGAUAUCUCCAGGCUGGUGGACAUCCAGGAAGACUACCUCAAAUGGUUUCUGCGCAAAGCUGAUAUUAAAAUGCGAUACCCUCCAGUGCAGGGUUCUGUCACGUUAUGUGCCUAUCCGUUCAUAUUGAACGCACAAGCCAAGACAACCGUGCUGCAAACAGAUGCUGAGCUGCAAAUGCAGAUGGCAGUAAGCGGCGCUAACUUGCACAACGUCUUCAUGCUGUUGACUAUGGAACCUUUGCUGGCAAGAAACCCUUUCCUGGUUCUCCAUGUACGAAGGAACCUCUUAGUCAGCGAUGCUCUCCGGGAGCUCACAGUCUACAAUGACGUAGACUUGAAGAAGCCACUUAAGGUCAUCUUUGAUGGAGAGGAAGCUGUGGAUGCUGGAGGAGUCACUAAGGAGUUCUUCCUGCUCCUACUGAAAGAGCUGAUGGAUCCGAUCUAUGGCAUGUUCACCCAAUAUUCAGAGUCCAAUCUGCUGUGGUUCUCUGACAAAUGUUUUGUGGAGCACAAUUGGUUCCAUUUGAUUGGGAUCAUUUGUGGUUUGGCCAUCUAUAACUCCACUGUGGUGGACUUGCACUUUCCCCUGGUGCUCUACAAGAAGCUUCUGAACGUUUCGCCCACUCUGGAUGACCUGAAAGAGCUUUCGCCUACAGAGGGAAGGAGUCUUCAGCAGCUCCUGGAGUAUGAGGGUGAUGUGGAGGAGACCUUCUGUCUGAACUUUGCAAUUACGAGAGAGUAUUACGGGAUCACAGAAGUUAAAGAGCUGGUACAGGGCGGGAAGACCAUCACUGUGGACAAGACGAACAGGUGUGAUUGUACACGGAGUCUUAUUCAGUAUGUGUUCAGUGACUCUGUACAGGAGCAGUAUUCGGCCUUCUCCAGCGGUUUUCUGAAGGUCUGUGGUGGGGAGAUUCUCUCUCUAUUCCAGCCCUCUGAGCUCAUGGCCAUGGUGGUGGGCAACAACAACUACAACUGGGAGGAGAUGGAGAAGAAUGCCUCCUACAAGGGCGAGUUCUCUGCAUCCCACCCAACAGUUAAGAUGUUUUGGGAGGUGUUUCAUGAAUUUCCCUUGGAGAAAAAGAAACAGUUUUUAUUGUUUUUGACAGGCAGUGACCGCAUCCCCAUCCACGGCAUGGCCAGUCUACGCAUCGUCAUCCAAUCCACUGCUGCGGAAGAGCACUACCUUCCUGUGGCCCACACCUGCUAUAACAUGCUGGACAUGCCCUGCUACCAGACCAAAGAGACCCUGCGGCACCGGCUCACGCAAGCCGUGGAGCAGUACGAGGGCUUCAGUCUGGUCUGAGCAGGAUCUACAGAGGUGGCUUUCUGUAUGCUGACACUGCACUUUAAACCUGUGGAGAAAUGGAAACGAAUGCUGCUCUCGUGUUUAUUUUACCACAGAUGAGCACAUCCUGAAUCUCAUAUGAGUAAAUAUAUUAUUUUCUUAUUUAUACAGACGGACUCUGUUUUGCUAAUUUGGUUUAAUCUUGAGAU